UCCCGCUCCUGACCUUUCUCUACCCUUCUCCGCUCUUCUCUCUGCCUCCCCGCGGGCGCCCUGCCCCUGUAGGCGACGGCGACGACGGCAGAAGCUUCCCAAACCCUCGCCUCCCCGUCCCCGUCUCCGUCGCCUUGUGAUCCGCCGCUGCUGCUAUAAGUUUGCGGGGGUGGUCACCAAUCGGCGGGGGCACGGCAUGGGGCUGGAGAUGACGAUGCCCGCCGCGGAGGAGGCUGCGCCUGCGCCUGCGCGGGUGGAGGUGUACCCGCUCAGCCGCUACUACUUCGGCGCCAGGGACGUCGCCGGCGGCGGGGGCGCCGGCAGGGAGACCGCCGCCGACCGCGUCCUCCGCCUCAAGGCCAACUUCGCGGCGCACGGACUCCGGACCACCGUCCAUGGCGUCCUCCUGGUGGAGCUGUUCGAUCAUCCGCACGUGCUGCUGCUGCAGGUCAGGAACUCCUCCUUCCUCCUCCCCGGAGGCCGCUUGAGGCCAGGGGAGCAAGAUGUUCCAGGGCUCAAGCGCAAACUUUCGAGCAAGCUAUCAGUAGCUGGAAAUCAGGAUGUCGACCACGGCGGCGACGGCGACUGCGACGAAUGGCAGAUCGGUGAGUGUGUUGGGAUGUGGUGGAGAUCCGAGUUUGAUGCUGCUCCGUUUCCAUAUCUUCUCCCAAACGCCCGUGCGCCCAAGGAAUGCAUAAAGCUCUUCUUGAUUAAGCUGCCGGUGUCGCGCCAGUUUGUUGUGCCCAGGAACAUGAAGCUGCUAGCCGUGCCUCUGUCCCAGAUUCAUGACAAUGCUCAGGUAUACGGCCCAAUCAUAGCUGGAAUACCAAACUUGCUAUCUAAGUUCUCCUUCAACAUCAUCACUGACUGAGAUGCCCUACUUGCCGCCAGGAGAUCACACGGCUGUUAAUUUACACUAGACAAGCAUGUUGGAUGUAGAGCAUGUUGUAUAUAAACUUAACCUGGUAAAACUUGCAUUCCCGUGUAUGAUGUGCAGUUCCCUUUUUUCUCUUUACCAUGUUUGAUGAAAUUGGCGUAAUGUAUUUUAUUUGUAUAUUUUCUC